AGAGCAGCUGAAAUCCAGAUGGAUGAGAUGAAGGAGGAGGUCAAAGAUGAGUCCUUUGUCAUGGAAACAGACGUGUCUCUGGUCAGACAAAGCCUGAGCAUCAUCUCAUCUCCAGAGGAGAAGCUGGAGGAACUGAUCAGGAAGUACUGUGAACUGGCGGCGCUGCGGCUCAGAGGCGAGCAGAAGACAAACUUCCUGCAGCAGACAGUCUCCGUCCUGCAGGAGGAGCGUCAGCAGCUUCAGGCCGAGCGUCUCAGCAGCACCGCCGCUCGCAGCAAACUGGAGGCUCUGUGCAGAGAUCUGCAGGGGCACUACAAUCUGCUGAGGGUAAGUAACAGCAGGGUGAGGGUACGUAACAGCAUGGUGAGGGUACGUAACAGCAGCGUGAGGGUACGUAACAGCAGGGUGAGGGUACGUAACAGCAUGGUGAGGGUACGUAACAGCAGCGUGAGGGUACGUAACAGCAGGGUGAGGGUACGUAACAGCAUGGUGAGGGUACGUAACAGCAGGGUGAGGGUACGUAACAGCAGGGUGAGGGUACGUAACAGCAUGCUGAGGGUACGUAACAGCAUGCUGAGG